AGGGACUCUGUCUGGGCUCUGCUUCACGGCUCCUGGCUAGACAACAGCUGUCUGUCACACUUGGCGGGAGGCUCUUCCUCUGCACCUGCACUGUUCACCAGCCUGCUCCCCACAGGACAGUGUAUAUGGAGUGUGGGCUGUGUCUGCAGGAGCUGUGGCCCUGAGAGUCCUGAGGUGGCCUGUCUCCUUUGUUCCUGCUGUCCUAGAGUUUGAAUGGCCUCUUUUUAUGCCGGACUGUCUUCUUGGGACUCCCAAACUCUGGCAGUCAGGGGCACUAAUGCUCCCCAUAGCUCCCCUGGGAACUGUGAAACUGGGAUGUGGUGGGGGAAGUGGAAAGGGUAAGCCCCUUUCCUUUGAACUGUCCUGUCCAGCUCCCUUUCCUCCUAGCUCAGCCUGCUGCCCCAACCCAAUAGCACAGACCCCACACAUAUGUAGGCUCGUCAUGCCCGCAGGCUGGUCUUCCCUGACACCCUGGAUUUUGGCAAUGUUGGCAACAGAACCAGGUUGUGGCCCCAGCACCUGGAGAGAGGAAGUGCUAGAAAGGUAGAAACAAAAAAAGUGUUUUUGUUGUUGUUGUUGUUAGGAAACUGGAAAAGCAUGGGCCAAGGGGUUGGGCUAUGGUGGGGAUGAGGAGGUGGGAGUGAAAAUGAGGACUGUGUACUUGAGGCUGGGAUUGGGGAAGGUAGUGAUGAGGACAGAACAGGGAGUGGGAGGAACAGAAAGGGACAGAGGGAUUGAGGGACUGAGAGAGGUGAAGAAGCUGAACCACCCGGAGGGGGAACCUAGAACGCAAGCAGCAUGGGGCCCAACACCGGCUCCGGGCACACCUUCUCAGGCAUUCCUCAGGGACAUGCCAGGCUCCUUGUCCUCAAGGCUCUUGUAGACCGACGUGGGGACAAAUAGAACCCCGUGCGGUGGAGCUAUUGUGAAGAAGCAAAAAACUGCCCUGGUUCCGAGAGGCCGUCUUGGGGGAAGUGACGACUGAGUUAAGGUGGAUCCGGCUGGCGAUGGAAGGUUCGAGCCAUAUAAACCCGGGAACCAGGAGCCCUUGGCUACACUGUUCCCCGAGGGCCCCGAGUCUGCGGCUUCUUUAAGAAGGGAGGCGGGGGUGGUGGCAGCUGGCGGAAGUGACGAAGAGGGCUGGGGCCGCCAGCAGCGGAAGUCGGAAGCCGGGGUCUCAACUGCGCGUGGUGGCGAUGGCAGCUAGCGGGGCUGUGGAACCGGGGCCCCCGGGGGCUGCCGUCGCCCCAUCGCCCGUUCUGGUACCGCCGUCCGCCCCGAGUCACCUGUUCCGGCCCAUCAGCGCCGAGGACGAGGAGCAGCAGCCCACCGAAAUCGAGUCGCUGUGCAUGAACUGUUACCGCAAUGGCAUGACGCGACUCCUGCUCACCAAGAUUCCAUUCUUCAGAGAAAUAAUCGUGAGCUCCUUUUCCUGUGAGCACUGUGGCUGGAACAACACGGAGAUCCAGUCGGCAGGCAGGAUCCAGGACCAGGGAGUGCGCUACACUUUGACAGUCAGGACUCUGGAGGACAUGAACAGAGAAGUGGUGAAGACUGACUCUGCUACCACAAGGAUUCCUGAGCUAGAUUUUGAAAUUCCUGCCUUUAGCCAGAAAGGAGCUCUGACCACUGUUGAAGGAUUGAUCACCCGUGCUAUCUCUGGCCUGGAGCAGGACCAGCCUGCACGAAGGGCAAACAAAGAUGCCACAGCUGAAAGAAUUGAUGAGUUCAUUGUCAAACUGAAGGAGCUAAAGCAAGUAACCUCUCCUUUUACUCUGAUCAUCGAUGAUCCCUCGGGGAACAGCUUUGUGGAAAACCCACAUGCUCCUCAAAAAGAUGAUGCCCUGGUGAUCACAUACUACAGCCGGACCCGACAGCAGGAAGAGAUGCUGGGGCUCCAAGCAGAAGCACCAGCAGAGAAGCCAGAAGAGGAAGAUCUCAGAAAUGAAGUGCUCCAGUUCAACACGAACUGCCCAGAAUGCAAUGCCCCCGCCCAGACUAACAUGAAGCUAGUACAAAUCCCUCACUUUAAGGAGGUUAUCAUCAUGGCUACCAACUGUGAGAACUGCGGGCAUCGGACCAAUGAGGUGAAAUCUGGAGGAGCAGUAGAAGCCUUGGGCACCAGGAUUACCCUUCACAUCACAGAUCCCUCAGAUAUGACCAGAGACCUCCUCAAGUCUGAGACUUGCAGUGUGGAAAUCCCAGAGCUAGAAUUUGAACUGGGAAUGGCCGUCCUCGGCGGCAAGUUCACCACACUGGAAGGGCUGCUGAAAGACAUCCGGGAACUGGUGACCAAAAACCCUUUCACACUGGGCGACAGUUCCAGUCCUGGCCAGACAGAGAAACUGCAGGAGUUUCGCCAGAAGAUGGACCAGAUUAUCGACGGUGAUGUGAGGGCCCACUUGAUUAUGGAUGACCCAGCAGGAAACAGUUACUUGCAGAAUGUGUAUGCACCUGAAGAUGAUCCUGAGAUGAAGGUGGAGCGUUACAAGCGCACUUUUGACCAAAAUGAGGAGCUAGGGCUCAAUGACAUGAAGACAGAGGGCUAUGAGGCAGGCCUGGCUCCACAACGGUAGCAGUGGGUGGGUCAAGAGCCAGCCUCCAGCGCUGCUCAUUCUGCAGGUUAUUUAUUAGUAUUAGAAGGCUGGGAGUGCCCUCCCCACCAGCCCUUGCCCAUGGUGGGAAGGACAUCCUGGUCUGAAUCAGAGAUCUAGGCACACUUUCUAAACAGCUUGUGAUGCAAAUGCGAGCCUAUUGUGUUAUUUGACCUUAUUUUGGAGGUUUUGAAUUGACCUAGGAAGAAACCCAGAAAUGAACCAGGGGUAUGUCAUGAUCACUUUUUUCAUAGCAGGUCUUUAUCCUCCCUCCAUGUAAUGCUCUGUCCUCUUAAGGUUGGAACUUUGAAGUUGGAAUAAAUUUACACCUGGA